AUGGCCGAGAACAAUGUUCAGAAUAUUUACUAUGAAUAUGAACUUACAAAUAGCAAAAGAUACUUUCUUUAUCAAAACUUUUUUGAGUCAAAGCGUUCGAGUAUCGCCAAAGAGUAUCUUCUGCUUCAGGUGGCAGGAUCGGCAGCUUUAAUAUCUCCAGCUAGUGAGAAGAAAGCAUGGCUCAUUUUAGCUUGGGUUAGCACUGUAGCAGGCAACCUCUCACUCAUGGGAUCAGCUGCCAACAUAGUUGUGUGUGAGCAGGCUCGACGUGCACCCGAUGGUUACGAUUUAUCUUUCUGGAGCCAUCUCAAAUUUGGAGUUCCCUCCACACUCAUAGUCACAGCAAUUGGNACCCGAUGGUUACAAUUUAUCUUUCUGGAGCCAUCUCAAAUUUGGAGUUCCCUCCACACUCAUAGUCACAGCAAUUGGCUUGGCAUUUAUAAGAUGAUGACACAAAUGUUCUUAUGCUAGAGACCAAUCUUGUAUAUUACAAUUUCAUAAAGAAAAUUAACAAAAAAUAAGUAAAGAUUAAGUCACUUUUGACUGUGGUCCGUGGUGUCACGUGGAAUUAUUUCGUUGCACUAAGAGUCACUUUUGGGAAAGUGGUUAUUGCAAAAGGUUUGGUCAAUGUGAAGGACAAUUGAUCUC